CCAUAGACAACGGGUUUUACUACGACAUGCUUUUUUCUGAUGGCAUCAGUAUCAACGAAGAACACCUCAAAGAGCUCACAAAAACAAUGCAAGGUAUUGUAAAGCAAAAUCAAGCUUUCAUUCUCUACACUGCAAAAGAUAAGACAGAAGCGCUCCAUAUUUUAUCACUCAUGGAAGCUCAACAAGCACAUAAUCAAGACAACUCUCAAUCUGCAGACGCGACAUACACAUUCUACUUCAACACAAUACCACAAGCUGCUGCUGAAAGAAUUCUUGGCCAUGUAAGACCAGCCUAUAAAACAAUCUAUGAAGGCCUCACUGAAUAUAUCGUCACACAAAAUGGGAUCCCAUCAGACCAAUUCAUCACAUUUGCAGACCUGUGUGCAUACUGGCAAGCAAACGAAAACAACCCACAAAUGACUCGUAUUUAUGGUCUUGCUUUUGAGUCAAAAGACGCACUCAAAGCCUACCAAACUAUGAUGGAAGAAGCAAAAAAACGCGAUCAUAGAAUCCUUGGACAAAGAUUAAAAUUAUUCACAAUCUCUGAUUUAGUUCUGGACUGCCAUUAUUCCAACCAAACGGAACAAGUGUGGACGCCACAUCUUGCAAAAGAAGACCUCUACAAAGUUUCAGGACACGCAGGACAUUAUCUAGAAGACAUGUUUUCAGUACACGGAGGAACAUCAAAAGAAGACUUCUAUGUAAAACCAAUGAACUGCCCUCACCACAUGCAAAUAUUUGCAGAUAAUCAGUUCUCAUACCGUGAUAUGCCAAUUAGAUACUUCGAACCAGCGACUGUGUAUCGUGACGAAAAAACCGGCCAAUUGGCCGGUCUAACUCGCGUUAGAUCAAUCACACAAGACGAUGGACAUCUUUUCUGUCGCCCUGCGCAAAUCCAUGAAGAAGUAGCAACAAUUGUAAAAAUCAUCAAAGAGUUCUACACCACUAUGGGUAUGAUGGAAGGAUAC